AUUCAUCGGAUUGUGCCCUUUUUCUCCUCGGCACAAGUCUAAGCUAAGCCCCCGGUCAAUUCAUCAAUCACAUUCCCGCCGGAUAAAUAUCGGCUUUUCCGGCGACUGCUCGGAAAUGGUUUCCCCCGAGAACACCAAUUGGCUCUUGGAUUACGGCGUUAUGGAGGAUAUCCCUGUCCCGGAUGGAGGUUUUCCUGCUCCGACUUCUGGGUUUUCCUGGCCCAUGCAGCCCUUGAACCCUUCCUCCAACAUUUGUGUGGAAACUGAUGGCUCAUUUGGGGAUCCUGAAAAUCACAAAGAAUGUGGCUCAAAAAAGAGGGCAAGACCUGAAUCCUGUGGUACAUCAAGUUCCAAAGCAUGCAGGGAGAAGUUGCGGAGGGAUAGGCUAAAUGACAAGUUUAUGGAAUUGGGUGCUAUCCUUGAACCUGGGAGGCCUCCUAAGGCAGACAAAUCGGCUAUUCUAGUUGAUGCUGUUCGAAUUGUAACUCAGCUGAAGGGUGAAGCUCAGAAGUUGAAGGAUUCAAAUUCGAGUCUGCAGGAGAAAAUUAAAGAGUUGAAGGCUGAGAAGAAUGAGCUUCGCGAUGAGAAGCAGAGGCUAAAAGCUGAGAAAGAUAGGCUGGAGCAACAGCUGAAGACCAUGAACGUCCAACCCGGGUUCCUGCCAGCACCUCCUGCAAUCCCAACUGCGUUUGCUGCUCAAGGCCAAGCAGCCGGCAAUAAACUGGUGCCCGUUAUUAGUUAUCCAGGAGUUGCCAUGUGGCAGUUCAUGCCACCUGCUGCUGUCGAUACCUCACAGGAUCAUGUUCUCCGCCCACCGGUUGCUUAAUCGGCAGCCCGAUCUUGGAAUGGUCUGGAUUCACAUUGUACUCGAAAACUAGUUUGUUUUCUUACUGCUCUCACUCCGAGACUCUGUUAGCCUGUUGUCGUUAAGUGUUAAACUGGGAUUUUUUGGCGUUUGAUGGAAGACUUCUUCCUUUACCUGAAAUUGGACAACUUGAUACUUAUGUAAAUGCUAUAAACUGUUAAUCUGCAUUGCAGGCAGCCCAUGUUUCAGUCGCUGCCAGCUUUAGACUGCA